UUUCUGCUUUCUUGGUUGGGGACUUUAGAGAGAGAUAGUCUUCUUCUUCUUGUUCAAGAACAGACCCAUUAUAUACAAAUAAUACCCGUGAUUUUUUUUUAAAAAAGAGAGAACAUUACAGAUAUAUACAGAAAGAGAAAGGUAUAUAUAUAUACACAUACCCAUAUGCUAACACAUGGAGAUUUAUAGAGCGAGAGGAGAGAUGUUUCUCACUUUCUUCGUUGUAUUUCAUCUUCUCUCUGUCUCUUCUGAGAUCUUUUAAUCGCUCUCUGCUGUCUUGUAUAUGAUUUUUCAAAUUAAUCAAAAUAAAAAUUAAAACAGUUUCAAGAAAGAACACCGUUGAUUUUGUAAUUUCCGACAAGAUGAAAAACCUCUAUUGCUAAAAGUGAAGUUUUUUUUUGUUUUGUCUGAAAAUUUUGAUCCGCCUGCUAAUUUAAAAGUCUUUUCUUUUGCUAUCUGGGUUUCCCUAAAGGUUUCACCUUUCUUAUUUUUCACCUGCGCCAAUUGCACUUGGCAAUCGUCAAGGCUGCUGAUUUUUGGUCCGAUUGAUUUUAUUUGCUUAGGGUUUGAUUGGAUCGCAACCCUAAUCUGAUUUGGGGGGAAUUGGGUUUCUCCACAUUGAAUAAAGAGGCCAACUUGUUGGCGGCUGCUGACAAAAGGUGCUUUUGAGCUGCUCAACUCCUUAAUCUGAGCUUAAAUCUGGAAAUGAUACCGAUUUCUACUGAUGGCUUUGGCAGGUUAACGAGGAAUCUCCCUCGCGGUUCCACGGUGGUCACUUUCGAGUUAGGAUUUGGAAGUGGUUUUAUUAGAAAGUUUGGAGCUUUUCUAAUUGGUUUUGUCUGAUAUGGUGGGCUGGAUCAUAGUCUCUGAUCUGGUCAGGUGCUGGGAUAAAGGAUCGAGAAAGUAAAGAAAAAAAGUGGUUGAAAGUAUAACCACUUUACGGAACACUUGAGGGAGAAGUGUCAUGUCUCGUUGCUUCCCAUUUCCACCUCCAGGAUAUGAGAAGAAGAUUAGAAACGAUGAAGCGGACUCUUUGAUAAAGGAAAAGAAAAAGAAAGAAAAGAAGCACAAAAAGGAGAAGAAGGAUAAAGAAAAGAAAGAAGGAAAAGACAGUAAGGAUAAAGACACAAGCAAAGACAAACAUAAGGAACGGAAGGAGAAAAAGGAGAAACAUAAAGAUAGGAAAGACAAAGACCGGAAUAAAGAAAAGAGCACAACUUCGGAGGACAAAAAAGCUGUUGGUGUUCUGCCUAACACAGGGGACAGAGAGAAGCUUGUAGUAUCAAACACCUUGCAUAGCAAUGGUAAUGGAGAGUCUAAGUUUAUACAAGACCUGGCGAGAAGGAUCAGAGAUGAAGAAGAAGCUACAGAGAGUCAAAGUGUGGGAAAGAUCAGGAAUGAUGAUGAUGAAAGAAGAAUCAAUAACACCCAUAAAAACUUUGCAAUGGAGAAAAGGCCUGAAAAUGCGGUUCGUCAAGUAUUAUCUUGCACUGGUCAGAAAGGAACCGAGGUCAUGUUUAAACCAUUGGAGAAUAAAAAAGACCAGGCAAAGAAAAUGGAAGUAGAAGAAAAUAGAGUGAUUACGGCUGAUACGCCACUGGAUAGUGGAGGGAUAGAGAAAAGUGAACCGAAGUACACAACAGAUAGAAGUAGUAAAGACAAGAAAGAGGCGGAAACAAAGGCUGAUCAGGGCAAACCAAAAGAUGUAGAGGGAGGGACCAAAUUAAAAGAGAGAGAUGUAGAUACUAGGAACUUUAGAGUGCAACAAAACCUUUCAAGGGAGAGCGUCAAAAAUCUUACUUCAGGGGGGAUUCUUGGCAAACGGAAAGAUCUUGAGACAAAUGGAUUCUUGCAUGAGAAUGGAUCUAGGCCAAAGAAGAUACAGAGGCCAGUUGCUUCUCCAGUAUCAUCCGUGGAAAACGGAAGAAAAUUGGAAGCAUGCCAAACUCCUCUAAAACCUGUUUCUGCAUUGCAAGAAGCAAUGCGUAAUCCAGAGGCCAAGGAGCAAAGAGUUAACGGUUUCAUCAAGUCUCCAGAACCCAAAAGCCAUCCAAAGAUAACUUCUGUGAAAGCCAAGGAAAACGGUGAAGCAUCAUCAGCGAAAAAGCGACCUCACUCUGACUUAAAGUAUUUGGAUCAGAUACUGAAUGUACCAGAAAGGGAGGAAUUGCAUGAGGUUGAUGAAAGUGAAGAACAAGAGUGGCUUUUUGGUCAGUCUGGUAUGAAACUGUCAAAGAAGCCAAAAACAGUUUCUACUAUUUCGUCGGAUGACUCUCUGCAAGUCUGGAAUCAGUCUCUUAGUAUAGAAUCUGCUGACAUUGUAGCUCUUCCAUAUGUUGUUCCAUUCUAGUUUGACGAAAUUGUAAUGUUCACACACUUCAACCAAGGAGAAAGAUCCUCAGAUCGCAUUGGACUGGCGUCUGAUUGGUUUGGCUUCAUGAGAAGAGAAAGCUUCCUUACUAAAACAAGUCUCCCUGAUCCUUGGAAAUGAGAUUUGAGACAUUUGAUUCAGUUUUGGUUCUGCUCUGUGUUAAUCAUCAGAUGGGAUUAGCAAUUGAAGUUGUAUAUUAGAGAGGAUAUAGCAAAACAGAGGAGGGAUCUUCCACUAAUACAUUACAUUUUGUAGACUUUGUUUCCCCUUUUUGUGGGAGUCAAAAACUAUUAUUCUUGGAAUGCAAACAAUUCUUCAUCUUCA